AUGAUUAUGCUGGUUAAAAGAUUUGAUGCAUUAAAAGAUUUACCAUUAAAAUCGAUUAUGACUGAUAUUAUCAAGAAAUUGGAUCUAUUUUACAAUAAAAAAGAAAAACCAUUAGAAAUCGAAACUCAUAUUCAUGAGUUUACCCUUCACGAAGUUCAUAUAAUUAUCGAACAAAUAAAACAAACAGAAUAUUAUUUAACAAAUCCAAAACUCGAUUAUUUAACUGAUGUAAUACAAAGACUUAUUCAAGAAAGAGAAAAUGCAAGAGGAUUGAUAUUAGUAGCGCGUACACUUCAUGCUAAACUUCUGUUUGAUUAUUUAAAAGAACGGCAAGAUAUUCAAAACAUUAUAAAACCGUGUUGGCUUGUCGGUCAAAGUGGUGUUGAUUAUCAAAAUAGUCUUUCAGAACAAGAUAAUACAUUAAAAGAUUUUCGAAAAGGUUUAUCCAAUAUUAUGAUUGCAACUGAUAUUGUACAAGAAGGUUUGGAUGUACCUGAAUGUUCUUUUAUUAUUCGUUAUGAAUUUGUUUCAAAUGAAAUUGGCACUGUUCAAUCAAGAGGAAGAGCAAGAGCUGAUAAAAGUUCUUGCUUUUUAAUUGUUGAUUCAGGUUCUAAAAAUUAUGAAAAAGAAAUGGAAAAUCGUUUGAAAGAAAAAGAAAUGGCAGAAGCACUUGAACAAUGGAAACAAGUACCAUCUGAUAAAUUAGUAUCAAACACCCAAGCCAUUCAGAAUGAAAUUGUUAGUGCAUGGCGUCAAGAAGCAGCCUAUCGAAAUUGGAAGCUUGAGAAUUUGUCAGAUCCAGAAACAAUCAAUGGAAAAGUUUCAUGUCGUUCUUGUGAUUAUUAUUUGGGAAAAGUUCGAUGUGGAAAUAAACAAUGUCGUGAAGAACUAGGUGGAUUACAGUUAUUUACAGAUCGACCAGAUGUGAAAGAAAUGUGUGCACUUAAAUGUAAACAAUUAAAAUUUUCUUACAGAAAUGAAGAUGAAGAACUACGAAUCGUUAUGUUUAAGAAGUGGACCGAUGUUAACUUUAAAAUACUCGAUUUAGAACCAAUCAACUGCAAUAUUGCAUUAAAUAAUCAAUAG